CUGUGCAGUGGUGGUAAUAGUCGCCAUUGUGUGUAUCAUACUGAGGAAAAGAGGUUGACUCAAUACAGCAACAAGGCCCCCAAAAGAGGAGGAACCUCCAUAAGACGUCUUAUGUCUACCAGCAGUAGAGCACCAGCAACCACUGGGCCACACAGAGAAGAUGAUAUUCACCUAUCACCAAAUCCUGUCUACUCCAUUCACAGUACGAAUCUUCUACAUAGAGAGGAUCGACCCCCAACUUCAGGCCUGAGAAACACUGCAUUACACAGUGAAGAUGCCAUCCAGCUAUCACCAAACCCAGUGUAUGCUAUUCACAGCACUGCCUCAGGAGCCGAGUGUUCUCUGCAGCAUUCACCAUCACAAGAGAGUAGUAACUCCUCUGGUCAGGGAAACCAAACUGCCUCGCACAGCAGUGCUGCUAUCCAGAUGCUACCAAACCCCCUUUGUGCCAUUCACAGCAAGGACUCCAGUGCUCUGCAGGAUGGACCACUGAGCAGUGUCUUGACC